AUGGGAGGACUUGGAACGAGAACACACAGAGCAAGCGGAGACAAAAGCCUGGACAUCCGCCUCCAUGGUGGGCCACUAGAAAUGAGCUUGAGUAAGGACAGGGUCAAUUCCAGGAUGACAGGCGAAGCGGGAGGUGUGAUUCCAUUGGAGGACCUGGGAACGUACAGCGUCAGGGACGAAGAGACAUCCCGGAGGACCAGUACCAGUGUCGGGUUGGUGCCGCUGAGCCUCCCUCACCAGGGACUCAAUUUCCCAGGUAACCGCCGCCACAACACAGGAAGGAGAAAGGGCUCCCAGGAAGACACGUGUCCUCUCAGUAAAGGCAGACCAUUGAAGAAAAAUUUGAGCAUGUCUUCUCAAAGCACAAGUUCCCAGUCAGAAGAGUGCUCCCCCAGAGUGAACCCCAUGUUCAUGAAGACCCAUAAAACUGCUAGUAGCACCGUACUAAACAUCCUCUUCAGAUUUGGAGAAAAGCACAAGCUUAAAUUUGCCUUCCCUGAUGGGCGCAAUGACUUUUUCUACCCAUCGCCUUUCUUGUGCUCCAAGGUGAGGGACUACAGGCCUGGAGACUGUUUCAACAUAGUUUGUAACCACAUGCGCUUUGACCAUCAGGAAGUAGCCAAGGUUCUGCCUCCAGAUGCUGCGUACUUCACCAUCUUACGCAACCCAGUGGAUCUCUUUGAGUCAUCCUUCCAUUAUUAUCAGAGAGAUGUUCCUCUCACAUGGAGGAUUGAUGGAGGGAACAAAGUGGUGAAGUUUCUGAACAAUCCUCAGUCCUUCUACAGCCCACAGGCGUACAACUCAUUCUAUCUUAAAAAUUUGCUCUUUUUUGACUUUGGUUUUGAUAACAACCUGGAGGCUGAUGAUCCUCUUGUAAUGAUGAAUAUUCACAGCUUAUCCAAACAAUUUGAUCUGGUUCUCAUAGCAGAAUAUUUUGAUGAGUCUCUUAUCCUGCUUAAGGAAACACUCUGUUGGACCACGGAGGACAUCCUGUAUUUUAAACUAAAUGCUCGCAAGAGCUCAUCCGUAUCUCGACUGACCCCUGAGUUGAGAGCCAAAGCUUUACAGUGGAAUGGGGCUGACUGGAGACUUUAUCAGCACUUUAAUGCUACUUUCUGGGCCAGGGUAGAGGAGUUUGGGAGAGAAAGAAUGAAACGGGAGGUGAAAGAGCUAAAUAGAAGAAAUGCUGAGAUGAAGGUCAUCUGUAUUGAGUAUGGAGGUGCCCAAAUUGCUCCCGCUGGCUGUUUCAUCAGUGUGUGA